AUGAGUUCGGAACCAGCAACAAAGAAAGCCAAAAUGUCGUGCCUCGAUCAACUAAAGUCGAUGACCGUGAUAGUGGCUGACACUGGAGAUUUUGAAGCCAUGAAGGCUUACAAACCCACCGAUGCCACCACAAAUCCUUCGUUGAUCCUGUCGGCAGCCGGCAUGGAUCAGUAUCAGCAUCUGAUCGACAAGGCUGUCAAGAGGGCUUCAGAGAGUGGAGGAAGUCAGGAUGAGAAGGUGGUUGAAGCUAUGGACAUUCUGUGUGUUUUGUUUGGAUGUGAGAUCCUCAAGAUCAUCCCUGGGCGUGUGUCAACUGAAGUUGAUGCUAGGUUGUCUUUCGAUCGAGAUGCGAGUGUGGCCAAGGCUCUCAAGCUGAUCAAGCUCUACGAGGAGCAGGGAAUCGAUAAGAAAAGGAUCCUCAUCAAACUGGCUUCAACUUGGGAGGGAAUUCAGGCUGCCAAAAUUCUUGAGGAGGAGCACGGUGUUCAAUGCAACCUGACCUUGCUGUUCUCCUUCUGCCAAGCCGUAGCUUGUGCCGAAGCCGGAGUAACGCUCAUUUCACCCUUCGUGGGCCGCAUUCUCGAUUGGUACGUCGCAAACACAGAGAACAAAUCCUAUCCAGCUGAUAAGGAUCCCGGAGUAAUUUCUGUGACACAAAUCUACAAUUACUACAAGAAAUUCGGCUACAAAACCGUCGUGAUGGGCGCCUCUUUCAGAAAUGUUGGCGAAAUCAAAGCACUUGCAGGCUGUGAUCUGCUGACCAUCAGUCCCAAGUUGCUUGGAGAAUUGGGAGCCAGUGCAGAUUCUGUGCCCCGGAAGCUCAAUCUCGAGUCAGCCAAGGAGGCAAAUCUCGAGAAGAUCGCCCUGGAUGAACCCUCCUUCCGUUGGAUGCUCAAUGAGGAUCAAAUGGCCACGGAAAAACUGUCCGAGGGCAUCAGAAAAUUCGCAGCUGAUUCACGCAAACUCGAGACAAUGCUGAGGAAUUUGCUCCAUGCAUCCAAGUAAAAAAAAUGCAAAGUUCAAAUUUUCAAAAUUCAAUCGUUUUUUUUCGGGGGUCUUGAUGGUCAUUUCUGUUUUAUAUCCUUUGAUCUGUUUUAUACCACUUAAUAAAGUUCUAUUGCCAUACUG